CCACCACUCUGGCCACUGGCCAGCCAUUAUAAAUAUGGCCUGAUGAAUCUCAGAGUCUACCGUAGCUCAAAACACACAAACAAAAAACAAAAGCUUCCUUGCUUAGUUUUAUUUUAUCGCUUAUCAUCUCCACAAGCGUUUGCUAUAGCUAGAGCUUUCUUUGUUUGUUCUAGCGAUCACCAGUUAGUCUGUAUAGAAAAAAAAAUUGUUUCAUUUGUUAGCGAAACCGAAUACAAAGAGUUUUUGCAAUGGAUAGGGUGAGAGAUUUGGCAUCAACUAGGGCUGCAGUGAUCUUCACCAAGAGCUCAUGUUGCAUGUGCCAUAGCAUCAAAACACUUUUUUACGAACUUGGUGCAAGCCCAGCAAUUCACGAGCUCGAUCGUGAUGCCAAUGGGAGAGAAAUGGAGUGGGCUUUGAGAGGCCUGGGAUGUAACCCCACAGUCCCAGCUGUGUUCAUAGGUGGAAAAUAUGUAGGUUCAGCUAAAGAUGUCUUAUCCCUUCACUUGGAUGGCUCAUUGAAGCAAAAACUCAUCGAUGCUAAGGCAAUCUGGUUUUAGUACCUCUGAAACAGCUACAACAAUAAUACUACUUCAUGUUCAUGUUGUAGUAACUAUAAAUCCAGCUCCAACAUGAGUUGAAAACAAAUGCUGUAUUAAGGGCUUUGCUUUUUUCCUGGUUCCCUGACUACAUUGUAUGGAAAAUGUAAUACUCCAUAUACCAAAAAUAGACUUAAAGAGUUCCUCUAUGUAAUAACUACUUGUUAAUCUAGUGCAGCUUUUAAUUA